GGCAGCUUAUAAAUUCAUUUGUAUACUGUGAAUAAAACUAUUUCGUCAAUUUAAUUAUGUGUGUUGCUUAUUUUAUUAGUCUUUUUGUUGUUGUUGUUGUUGUUAAUAUUUUUGGCUAAGUAGCCUAUUUAUUACCAGUAUUUUGAUUGACCUAAUUCGCAAAGACAGUGCUAAACUUUAAUUCACCUUAACUAUAAUUUAUUACUAUCAUUUUUAAAUCUUCAAAUAAUCAGUACGAUUAAUACGACUGUCUUCAUGGGCUUUUAUUCAGACAUUUCCCUAAAAUCUGAUAUAGCAUUAACUAAAAAAAAAAAAAAAAAAAAAAAAAAUCACAAUGAUUUGGGAUGAAAGCUUGAUGGAGCACUUGAAUUAAGCAGUUCUGCAAGGGGAGGAGCUUGCCCGUGAACCCAAGUCUCUACUGAGCUCUCAGCAGAAGGAAAGUACAUGCGCCAUACUGUUUGAAAAUCCAAUAGUAAGGACACUGUUGCCUUGGCCCAAAAUAUGCUCCAGCAAUGUCAUUCUCCGACAAAUUCUCUGCGGUGAUUGUCACACUGUCUGAAGGGAAAUCUUUCGAUAGCCCAAGUCUAAAGGAUACUUUGCGUUGGGGCGAACGGAGGCUUACGUCCUAUCCUGGACUUCCAAGUCCAAAAUAGCGGGACCACCCCAGCGUAUUCGAACGCGCUCCAGACAGUAAAACAGAUUCAGAAAUUCCCCGGUAAGCCAUGGCUCUGCCGCGUCACCAGUUUCUCCAUGGAGCUGUGAACUGGGAUGGAGCGCACUUGAGUCCUGUCCAGAUUUCUCAUGUCAGCACGUGCCCCAUCAGCGCUUCAGGUCGAAAAGAGGACCCCUUCUAUUUUUCUCUGGACCCAACAGGGCAAGCCAGACAGCCUCUCGACAUCUCCGCCUUCAGCAGAUUCAUGACAGAUAUGGGCACUCUGAACGGCACUGACAACCAUCGUCCAGAACCGUCUUUUUACUCCGGACACAAACUCCUAUCACUCAAUACCGACACGGAUCCAGAGAGUCCGUCGCACUCUUCCCACUCAGACUGCCAACAGUUGCACAGUCUGUCUUUCUCCGCGCCUUCCUGUUCAGAAACUGACAAUAAGACCUAUACGCAUUAUUUAACGAUGGAAAGCACUAAAUACCCAAGCCAGUGGAGUGAAAGCAGAACUAACGGGAGCAUCAUCACCACACUGAGCAUCAGUCAGAGAAGUAGAGACGACACAGAGCCAAAUAAUCUCCAGACAGACUUUACCGGGAGCGAUAAAACUCACAGAAAGGGAACGCAAGACGUGACUUUAGAAAACGCUGCAAAUGGCUGGCUGUCGGCGAAAGCGGGAAGGAAGAAGCGAUGUCCUUACAGCAAACACCAAAUCUUAGAGCUGGAAAAAGAGUUCCUAUUCAACAUGUACCUGACUCGCGAGCGCCGCCUGGAGAUUAGCCGGAGCAUACAUCUCACCGACCGCCAGGUUAAGAUUUGGUUUCAGAAUCGCAGGAUGAAGUUGAAAAAAAUGACUCGAGAGCUCCAGACAAGGGACCCUGGCACAAGUUUCACUGUCUAGUUUGCUAUGCAAGACGGUUAAAAUACCGAACUCAGCGCACAUUUCAUUGCAGCUAUCACCCGGUGCAAGUGGAUAGAUGCAACUGCUGCUUCUGAUGGAUUAACGGGAGGAAACGAUCAGUCAAAUCUUACUACGGUGUUUAACAAUAUGUGUUCUAUAAGGCACAUGUUAGGGAGAUAAAUUUAAUCCCUUGUAUGAGGAUGAACAAAAAAUUGUAACGAAAUAAGAAGACACGUUUUUGGCUAUUCGAUGUAAGCUUGUCGCAUUCACACAAGGCCCAUGGACAAUGUUUACUGAUGUCGUUUAAGUUCUGGUCAACUUUUCAGCGACCUAAUAUUUUGUAAUUUUCGAUCUUUGAACAAUGUUUUCCCAUUAGCCUACGAGGACGAUUUUUGUUACAGGUUAUGUUACAGCGGUUGUUUUGGGGAGCAUAGCAGGCUAUUUAUAUGUUAACUAGGCCUGUGUGCGGACACUCCCGAAUAAAAAAAAAUCAUAAAAGGGAAUCCAUAAUCAGAGGAGCAGUUACAUAAAGCACAGGUACUUUUGUUUUGUUUUAAAUGUUGUUUUUUGUCUUGUCGUUAUGUAGGCUGGAGUGAAAAGGCACAGUUUUUUUUCUUCUGCUGAAGCAUGGUUGAAUGUAUACCUUAAACUGUGAUAUUUAAAAGUUUCUGUUUUGAAAAAAACUGCAUUUUUAAAUAAAAGAUUGCACUUCGUGACCAUAAAACGUUUAUUCAGUAGAAAGCACGGUGGUCACUUUGAAAAUGACCUUAUCGGCAGUGUUCUAAUUUAGAAGGCCUAUUGUGACAAGGCGUUUUGAAAAAUAAAUAGACCUAUAAUGUUUCAAAACUGAAUUUAUAAUAAGCUUUAAAUUUUAAAUUGGGCCUACUUAUUUUUUUUAUUUUUUGUUUCAAUACAAUUCAAGAAUUCAAUCCAUGACAACCUAUAGCUAGGAGACGAAGAACAUGGCAUUAUUUAGUCUUAAAGCUUUCUUUAGUCUUACAAUUAAAGGGGAAGGCAUUUGGUAUUUGUAGCAAUUCCAAAACUUGAAUUGCGGUUUUGAGUUGAUUGUGAAACUUUAUUAAUAGAUGUAUGAACAGAUUUUGUAUACUUGAUUUUGGUUGUAGAAUAAAUUGUGUUAAAAAAUA